AUGUAUUCUGUUUGGGACCAGCUUGCUCUUACAGAACCGGCAUGGCCUCACCUUGAAGAUGCUGUUUUAUUCAUUACCUAUCGCAAUCAGCAGCGGUUGGUUCACUUUUUCAUGGCUCUCACUCCCUCUUUUGAGCCCGUGCGUACCUCUUCUCUUCAUCGCCUUCCAUUGCCCACUCUUGAACAGGCUAUUUCUGAGCUGUUAUCUGAGGACACUCGUCUUGGUACUCUCCAGACUUAUCAUGUGGACUCUGUUCUUGUCACUCCUCAGUCACGGCCCUCACCGACCCAACGGUCUACUGCUUACAUCUAUUGUCAGAAUCGGGCCCUUCCUUCUACUCGUCUUCUAUUAUCUUCCACUAGCCACUCCUCUCGCGGUGUUUCCUCUAGGGGAAGCUCUCAUCAUCAGUUUAAUCGCACUACUACUGCUGCCUCUGAAGAUUUCUCUGAGUCUCCUGCUCCAUCUACCCCUAACCCUCAGACGGGACAGACUAUUGGGAUCGACCAUAAGCAUGGACGUCUCUAUGAACUCAUUCAACUUCAUCUUCCUAACUCCCCACAGAUCGCCACUCUUGCACCUGCUUCCUCUUUGUCUCCUUUUCAUCUUUGGCAUUGUCGCUUAGGACAUAUUUCUGCUAGUCGCUUAAAGUCUUUGGGCAAAUAUGCAUCCGAUCUUCUGGCCCAUGCUGGUCUUACCAAUUGCAAAACUACCUCUACUCUAGUUGAUCUUCAGUUUUGUCUCACUCCUCUCGAUGGGGAUCUCCUCUUUGAUGCUACUCUUUAUCGCUAG